UUUCGAUGGUGCAGGCGUGUGCACCUAGAUCUAGGUGCACCGGGAUUAAAACGCAAACAUUUUAAAACAAAACGCGUAUUUUCAUUAAUUCUGCAGUUAAAAAGAACAAGUCUCACAAUACAAAAGAACAUCAUGUGCUCUGUUCUUCCCUGUUUAGUUUUCGCGAUUUUUUUUGUUGUUCGCUCCUUUUUGCGGGUAUUUAUAUGUCUGGGCUUCAUAAUUUUGAAUUCAAAAAGUGUGAAUAGGAGAGAGAAAGCUUACAUUUGUGCAUAAAUUUUUUUUAGAGAGAGAAACUGAUGGAAAAUUCUCAAAUAUUCCAUGAUUUCUCUGUUUCAACAUCAAUUUCGAAUGAUUCUUCUUCUUGUCAUCUGAAUUCUUCAGCUGAAAAUCAGAGUUACGAAGAUAUAUUAAAUAAUGCAGUUAAUAAUUCAGAACAAAAUGAUGCUAAUGAGGAUCCAGAAUCCUAUGUGGUUGUUGGCCAAGAUUUUGAAGAACCAGUUUCAUUAGAGGGAAGUGUAGUUAAGGAUGAUGAUGAGGCGUAUGAGUUAUACAACAGUCAUGCAUUUAGGAAUGGUUUUGGUACUAGGAAGGGUAAAAAGGAGUAUAGAAGUGGUACUAGAAUAGUUCGACAACGGUUUUUUGUUUGUGCAUACGAGGGGUUUAAAAAUCCAGAUGGUGUUGUGCCUAAAUCCUUUAAAAAAAUUGAUAGGAGAACUGGAUGCAAGGCUUCAGUUCAGUUUGAUGUUGAUAAGAAAACUGGAGUGUAUGUUCUUUCUAAACAUUCCCGUCUGCAUAACCAUUCAAUGGUUCCUGCUAAUAAGAGACACCUUAUUAGGUCACAUAGGCACAUUUCAAAAGAACAAUUGGCUUUUCUUACUACUUUUACUUGUAGUGGCACGAAGCUUGCUGAUGUUCUUAGAGCUAUGAGGAAAGAAGUUGGUGGUGAGGCGAAUUUAGGCUUCACUGUUCCUGACGCGUAUGAUGCUGUUUUGGCAGAGAAGAAGAAAAAGUUGGAUGGUUGUGAUUCAAAUCAGUUGAUCAGAUGGUUCACUAUGAGGCAAUCUAAAGAACAUGAUUUUUAUUAUGAUUUUCAAUUGAAUGAAGAGAAUCAGUUGAUCAACUUUUUUUGGAGAGAUGGAAGAAUGCGGUCUGAUUAUGAAGCUUUUGGUGAUUUAUUGAUUCAUGAUACAACUUAUCGUACUAAUAAAUACGAUAUGAUUUGUGGGCCUUUUGUUGGAAUGAAUCUUCACACUCAAAAUAUCAUGUUUGGAGUGGGUUUUAUAUUGAAUGAGAAGGCAGGUACUUUUGACUGGCUUUUUAAUUCUUUUUUGACUUCAAUGGGAGGGAAGCAACCUGUGACUAUCAUGACUGAUCAAUCUUCUGCCAUGGACAAGGCUAUAAGGUAAAGUUCUUUUAGGUUGUUUGUAUGUUCGUUCAUCAAACAUUUUUGUUCUUUUGUAUUUUUGUACUAUUUUUUAUGUUCUUUUUCUUUUGUCUUUCUGUUUAGUUUAUAUUUUUAUCUAUUUUUUUGGUUUAUGUUUUUUUAGGGAAGUGUUUCCAAAAUUGAGGCAUCGGUUGUGUACAUGGCACAUUGGGGAAAAUGCUGUUGUAAACAUCAAAGGUGUUAUGGCCAAAGAAGGUUUCAAACGUCGGUUUGAUUAUGUUUUGAAAUAUACUGACACAGUUGCUGAGUUCGAGCAUUAUUGGAAUAGGUAAAAAUUAUUUUGCUAAUAGACUAAUUAGUAUUUAAA